GAGACAGAGAGUCCGGGAGGUAAAGUUCUAGAACGGUGUUAUAAUAGUACACUGUCUCUAUGCUUUAUCCCCUUCAAACAAACACUACAAGGAGGCUGGGCAACUUUUUUUAAUUAACUUUUUGCAGAUUUUCCCCCUCCGCUUUCAGUGAUAGUUUUGAUAAACGAGUCAAUUUCCUUCAUUCUUCUCAGGAGGAUCGGGUCUAAUUUCUCACAGUGCAGCGGAGGCACUGAACUCAGGGAAAGCCUGCGUGUGUGUGUGUGUGUGUGUGUAUGCGUGCGCGCGCGCGCGUCGCCCCCCUGACGGGUAGAUUUAAAAGAAGUUGAUGGCCGUGUCACUGAAGCCGCUUCGGACCCAGUUUUAAUUACCAGGCUACAAGCAAAGUAAGGCAACGGCCCGUUUGCUUCGGUUAAUAAUUACACAGAGCUGUGUGCUGAACGGAGCAGCUUCUUCGAGGAUUAUUUUUUCGCAACUCCUCGGCUGUAAGAAACAUUGCCCAACUUUUCGGCGCCGCAUUUGAUCCGUCAGCAUGCCUCAUAACUCUCCGGCGGCAACCUGUAAGCCAGCCUUUGAAGUCGUAGACGUCGCUCUCGUGCGUUUUUGGUGGAUUUAUCCACAAAGUGUUGCGCUCACGGGACGGGUUUAACUUUUAAAGCUUUGCCUCCUGUGUGCUCGCAAAAUGUGACUGGAAGGUACAGUGGCCAAUGUGCGCUGCAUUGUAAAAACAGUCCCGAGGAUUUACGGAUACACAGUUGCCAGGAGAGGACCCCGUCCUUCUUGGAGAGGAUACCGCAGUUAAGCUACCACGUAAACACCCUCCAGACGAGGACAUAGACCCGCCUGUGAUGAAGAGCACCCCGGUGGAAACAAAUGCACUCUUUAAGAUCUAAUACUGCACGGCUCGUCUUCACAGUGCACUGGCGCAUGCAGUGCUUCUCAACCCACAUUAAUGACACUGGAUAACAGUUAAUCGGAGCUUUUUCCUCGUGUGAGACAUCACUUUUCACGUGAGACAUAUAAAUAUCUGUAACGUGUUAGACUGGGAAUUAACUCUAGUGUUGAAUGGAAGUUUUAUGAGUUACCAUGGAAGUCCUCCGGCUUUGAAAGCCCAGAUCUGUUAAGCAAGUAGGCAGAAGGAAUAAAGCGGGACCUGUGCGUGUACUUGUCGAUACCGCUUUCCUGCGUCUUGUUUAUCCGCGGUGCUUGCCUGCUUUGAAGUCCAAGAUGUGCGGCCGGGACCCGCCGCUACAGCCGAGGCCAUGACCGUCCCACAGCGGCGCCCGGCCGGGCUCUGGCCGUGGCUGCUCAUGGCGGCCCUGCAGGUAGUGCUGGGCCAGCAGGGCCUGGAGUCCGAGCGGCCGGUUCUCCGAGCGAUUAUCAAGGUGACGCUGCUGAAGCACGAGCCCACGGGGAAACCCCUCACCUUGGAAGGGGUGUUCGUGGGAGGAAGUGCCGGCAAAGCAGAGGGAAAACUCAUGCAGUAUCAUCCUCUGUCUCUUUGCAACACAAGUGAGGAUGAACGACAAGAGAGUGACUUCAUCACCAUCGUCAAACUGGAGCACAGGGUACAUCACUGUCUGCCACUGCCCGACAAGGCUCGCAUGGCACUGGAUAAAGGAGCUCAAGCGGUGAUCUUUGAUAUCAGAAACGAUGCCAGUGCUGCUGCUGAGCUGCAAGAAGUAGACUCCCUUCCCCGUCCAGUUGUGCUGGUGGAGGAUAAUAAUGCUAAGGAGUUGAUGGAUUUGGUCAACAAGAACGAGGAAGCCAAAGUUGUCAUUGAGAUCAAGAUGGAGCCAAAAUGGCCACAUUAUGAUGUUGGUAUCCUGCUCACCAUUGUCCUGGCUAUUCUCACCAUCAUCCUGAUUUUUGCUUUCCGCUACAAGUGCAAGUCCAACAGAACUUUGGACUCCGUCCAUCAACAGACCAUGCGGGCUAUUAGUCAACUGGAGAUCAAAAUCUACAGCUCUCAGGGCUGCUCGGGCUUGCAGCGCCACCGUGCAGCCUGGGGUUCAGCCAGCAGCUCUAACUCGAGCCCCGUCUGUGCCAUCUGCCUGGAAGAGUUCCAGGACGGGCAGCUUCUGAGGAUCAUUUCCUGUGCUCAUGAGUUCCAUAAAGACUGUGUUGACCCGUGGCUGCUGCAGCACCGCACCUGCCCACUCUGCAUGCACAACAUCAUGGGGCCGGAGCGGCAGUCCCAGAGGAACAGACUCCAGCAGAACACAGAGCAAAGCCAGAGCUUCUUACAUCCUCAGCCUUACAGCAGUCCCCACAACCAUCCCUUCCCCCAGCAUGCUAUCCCCUUCUCUAUGAGGCCCCACUAUCCUCGUGGACCCUCUGGACCUUAUCCCAAUCUGGGCCACUAUAGUGGCUCCUCUCCCAUGGAGACUCAGACUGUACGUUUCCUCACCAGCAGGCCGUUGGGCUCAGCCUGUGGGUACCACCUUCCCACGGAGGUUCCUGGGAGGCCCCACAGGAUUGGCGGUAACUGUAGGACCUCCACCCACCACUACACCCCCCGCCGGUCCUGCUAUAAUUACCGCUCAUCCUGCCCAGGCCAGCGCAGCGCAUCCAGCUCAAGACUGCAUCACACGGUCUCACUCACGCCACAGACCCGUGGGGCACCUGCCCACAGCCGGCAGGACGAGGGAAGCUGCUCGGGUGGCAGCUACCGUACGGAGCGCAGCGGAUACUUAGCUGACGGACCAGCGAGCGACUCCAGCUCAGGGCCGUGCCACGGCUCAUCCAGUGACUCAGUUCUCAACUGUACUGAUGUGUCCCUGCAGGGAGUUUAUGGCAGCUGGUCCACCUUCCGUAGCUCUCUGAGCAGUGACUAUGACCCGUUUGUUUAUUGUGGACCAGGUCCCGGACAUGCGCCCCGCAGGAACAGCCUGGAGGCUGGUGCCCAGGCCCGGCCCAGGUCCCUGGAUUCUGUGGUGAACAAAGCAGGCUGCCCUGAAGAACAGCCACAGACUGUAUUCAGCCACAUCCACUACCACCGUCACAGACACCACCACUAUGAGGAGGGGGAGCACAGCCAGGGUGCGAGCAGAGGUUCAGACGAGGAGCAGGUGGCCGCCGCUGCCACAGCUGCACCUGCUGUUCCUGUCCCGGACAAAGACUCAACCGUGUCCCCUCCUAAGCACAGCCCCUGCCACUGCCCCAAAGCAAACUCCACUGAUCGGCCUAGCCCAGGGCCUGAGUGUCCAGACCACGACGCCGGCAGCGCCGCAGGACCUCCUGUGCUUAUGUCCCCAAUCUCCUUACAACUCCAGCCCCACUGCUGCCACCAGGGACACGGACACCCUCCUGCUCCUCUCGGGAGAGUGGGAGGAUGUGUGCUUGAAGGACCCUCUGUUCGCUUCCAUCAGAAUAUGGAUCUGCAGGAUGACCGCAGCAUCCACAUCCACUAUGGUCAGGGCCCGGGCUUCUGCUGCUCUCCUCCUGAGCUGCACCCCACCUUGCUCCCUGUGCCCCUCAUUCUGGACUCUGGUGGGAUGGAGGACUGGCCUUGCUGUGCUGGGGCCCAUGUUGUGUGGCAAAAACGGGUGCAGCAGGCCCACUCAGAGCCUCAGCUCCUGGGGCCUGGGACCUCUAUGGACAGGCCACCCUGUAGGUUCCAUCAGGGGCCUGCUGCUGAGUGCAACACAGACAUUUGUUUAUACUGCCAAUCAUUACAACACAAUCAGGGAUCAGAAGAGGAGUCUGGAGUGUGAGAACGUAUUGCAUCCCCAUGAUCACACUGCUACACAGGAGCCAGACUGGACAAGCCUCUCAUUGGCUCUCAUGUCUUCCACAGAUGUCUUUCCACCAGCAGUGCCUUCACACAGAUGAUUCCCCAAGCUCAAACAAUCAAACGAUCGUCACUAUUAAAAGUGAAAUUAAAUGAAAUUUUAGAGUCAUUCUCAACCCUCUAUGAUAUUUAAUAUCAAAAUAUACUAAAAGGAAUAUGUGAAGAUGAGUAAAAAAAGUUCAUAUAGCACAGAGGAAACGCCCUUCUUCUGUGCAUUUACUCCUUAUCACCUCGUAGGAAGAACGCCCAUGCUAUCACAAGUUCUCAUGCUCCUUGGUGACAGCUAUCAAAUGGUCCUUGCUGAAGGUGUUGAGCCCUCGUGAAGUGAGACUCUGUCUCUGCAGCGUGUCCCAAACUCUCUUCUCUCACAUAAUAACUUGAUUUAUCUUAGAGGUACUUCAUUUUCACUUCUUCGUCUUCCUUCGCUGAGUCCAGUCUCAGCUUGAGAGAUGCUUUUCUCUCCAGCCUACCUCAGCUCAGAUUUCUUAACACGCCUCAAACACGAGGUCCUUAAAGGUACUGCUGUAGUGAUUUUAUUUUUCCUUUUUAUGUCACAACCAUGUAGCUCCCACAAACUCAACAAAAUCUCUCUGCAGUCUGACCUGUCCAAACAGAGAGGAAAGGUUGAUGCUCAGCCCCUCAAGCAAAUGAGCAUUCAUUGAGGUUGCUGAGCUUUGCAUGGGCCUUUUGUUUUCACUAUUACAAAUAUGGCAGCUGUAUUUUUUCUUCUUUUUAUUUCAUCUGUCAAAAUGAAUCGAUUUGACUGAAUUAUGUUUUCGUCAUUACAAGCUAUCGUCUUGGUAUUGUCAUUUCUUUUGCCAGUGGUUACAUCACAUGUUUGACCUCAGUGCUGUUAAACCCCCUGAUCUGUGCACAGUGAACGAGCCUCAGCAGAAGGACGGUCAUCUGCUGCUUUAAACUCAUCACAAUGUUGUAGUGUCCUCCACAGAGCUCAUACUCUCCACUUGUCUUUCAGCACCUAAAGCUGUAGAAAUAUGCCUUAAUAACUGGGUAUCAGUGUAACUGGAGUAAAGCCAUGCUAGAUACACCUAGCAGUCCUGAACAUCACUUUAAGGAGCACCAGUGUCCUUCUUUUGCUUUCCCAAUGUGUAGAUCCUGAGGAAUGUCUCAGGAGCAAUCAGACACUGGAGAAAAAUCAAAAUAAAAUGCCCAAAGCGGUAAAAUAAUUUUUUUUAUUCUGUGCCAAUCAUGAAGAAAGUGCCACCUCAAAUCAUAAGACAUCCACGCUGUGCUGAACACUUGAUAGAAUUAACUUUUAAACCUUUGUUACCUUGGUUUCCCAUCUAUCCUUCACAUGCUGUAUCUAAAAAAUGGGCAUAGCCCAUGUGGAAGUGCCUUAAACCUUUUUGUAAUGGCCACACAUCCAUCUUUUAUGUAAAGCCUAUUCUAGCCACUCUGAUAGAUAACAGUUGGCCUGACGCUAUCAAAAAAAAUGACCUGCUUCUUUUCUAAUUAACCACAGGCUUCGUCUUGUUGUACCAGACUAGAAAAUCUGAGAUCAGAGCAGUAGGAAUUGUGUUUUAGAGUGGAGUUCCUCUCAAGGCUCAGCGAAAAUGUGAAAGGAUUUUACCUGCAGUCAGACUGCAGACUGAGCAGAGAAAGCAUGGACAUUGGCCAUGUAACCAUUAGCACUUACUAAACUCUUACCGGUGCCUUAUUCAUGUAAACAGGAACACACUAAGCUCUUACCUGUCUAACCAAAGAGGCAACUUCUUGAACACAGUGAACUCUUAAUAUGUUGUGCCUUUCUUUUCUUUUUUUUUUCUGCUCCCACCCAUCUUUUGGAUCCCACUGUGUGCUCCCACUGACAAGAGAGGACAUGCUAGAAUAGAAGUGGAAAUUAUUUUUGGAAACUUUUUUUUGGCCUGCGGUCCCUCGUACCAAUACCUCACUUUGAAUGUGUCAACUCAGUGUCCUUUAGCUAAAGCAUCAGGGUUUCCUUUUUCUGUCCAAAUGGUCCCAGAGACUGAGAUGGAAAUGACUGAAUGACAAGCAGCACUUUGGCUCAAGUAAAUUUUAUAGAAAAAAAAAACAACAACAUAAAACUUUAUAUAGUAUUAAUGGAAAGUAAGCCCGGAACCAUCAGCACAUGGGAAAAAAAUUGCAUUAAGUGAUGCCACACAAUAUCUAGUGUGAUUUCAUCCUGUUCAAGAUCUUUCUCUUUGUGUCAUUUAUGUGUUUGUAUGUUUUUUUUAUGUUUUGCAAGAAUAAUGAGCUGAAACUGCCUUUUCUAAUAGAGUGAGGAAAAAAGAAAGUCCCUCCAGAACUUUAAGGGAUAUGUCAGUAUAUUUUGGAUACUUUGUGUAUAAAAAAGUGAACAACAAAAACAAAAAUGAAAUAGUGUUGUAUUUUAUAUAUAAUAGAACAUUUCAAUAUAGUGACAUGUCACUAAUAUAUUUAUUUACUAAUAUAUUUAUCCAUUUUGCCCAGGUUUGAAAGUGGUUUCUGUAUAGACUGAAUGUUCCUAUAUGGAAACUGACCGGUGCCAUCACAGAUGUAUCAACCUGUCUUCAUUCCAAUUAUAUGCAAAUAAAUUAUUUUGAAAUAA